AUGCCCAUCAGCAUGCCCUCGCGGGCCUCUAUUAAGCCCUUCUUCGGCUUCCUCCAUCUCCUCUUUUACGCGGAUCCCACAUGGCUCGACAGGGUACUUGUUCUCGUUGGCAGCAUAGCUGCCAUCGCAGCAGGCGUGCCAUUCCCACUCAUAGGAAUUGUCUUCGGCCAACUCGUUGAUGAAAUCAACACAAUAACCUGUAACAACCAGGCUGGCAGCUCCACGCCAUCUAAGGAAGUUAAUAUCACGCCCAAAAUUCUUCUCCUGGUCUAUAUCGCCAUUGCCAGUUUUUCCUGCAUUUACAUCCAUCUGGUAUGUUGGAAUCUGGCUUCCCAGAGGUUGGCUCAACGUGUUCGGGAUCGCUACCUCCGCAAUCUCCUACGACAAGAUAUGACCUUUUUCGAUAAACUCCAAGCCGGUGAAGUAUCCUCUCGUCUGAAUGGUGACAUUCAGGCAAUCGAAAGUGGUACCGGUGAAAAGGUUGGCGUUGCUCUGACAUGCAUAUCCUUCUGUGUCACCGCGUACAUAGUCGGCUUUAUCAAGAAUGCUGAGAUAGCGGGCAUGCUUGUGUCUCUGAUUCCUGCGUUCUUGCUCAUGGCAGUAGUUGGUGGUCACUUUGUCGGAAAGUAUAGCAUCAAGUUGGGGGAAUGUUUUGGAUCCGCCAGUGCCAUCGCUUCUGAAGCUCUCAGUCAUGUCGGUCUUGUCCAUGCUCUUGGGGCCAAUGUCAGACUUGAAGAGAAGUUCAAAGGGCAUUUGAAAAGUGCACGAGACCAAGGUAUCAAGAAGGCAAUCGCUGCUGCUGUUCAGGCGGGGCUACUAUAUCUCUUUGCUUUCUCAGCUAGUGCACUUGGUUAUUGGCAGGGUAGUCGCAGAGUCGCAGAUUCUCUUGAGGGCAAGGGUAGUGCGACUAUUGGAGAAAUCUAUACGGUCACAUUCAUUCUCUUAGAUGGUGCUAUUGUUCUGAGUCAAAUUGCGCCCAUGCUACCACUGUUUGGAGGGGCCAUAGCUGCAUUCGAGCGCUUGCGAAAAGACAUUGAAACCGAACCCAGCAUCGACAACACCUCGGCCGCUGCGGAGAAGCUUUCCAACGUGGAAGGAGCGAUUGAAUUUUGCAAUGUUGCUUUUACAUACCCAUCCCGGCCUGACCAUCCCGUGCUGAACAGCAUCUCAUUAAAAUGCGAAGCUGGCCAAUUGACCGCCAUUGUUGGACUAUCUGGAAGCGGCAAGUCGACAAUAGCGAGCUUGAUUAGUAGAUUCUACGAUCCGCAAUCAGGAGAUGUGCUCCUUGAUGGCCGUAAUAUCAAAGAUAUCAACGUCAAAAAUCUCCGAGGCUUCAUCAGUCUAGUCCAACAAGAACCGUCGCUUUUGGAUCGCUCCAUUCUUGAGAAUAUCGCCCUCGGCUUAGUCAACUCACCACCUCAUGCUCAUUUGGAGAAGACUUUGUUGAGUGGAGUUCUUGCUGGGGUCGCUGAAGAUAUCAGGAAAGGAAGUCAACUCAGAGAAGCGGCCGAGAAAGCUGGCAAAGAGGUAGUGGAAAUUGUCCAACUCGUGCAACAAGCCGCCGAUCUUGCGGACGUGGCAAUAUUCAUCAACAGGCUAGAAUUCGGAUUUGGUACCACUGUCGGCUCAAGCGGAAAUCUUGUUAGUGGCGGGCAAAAGCAACGAAUCGCCCUUGCUCGAGCACUCGUUCGGGACCCUAAGAUCCUCAUUCUGGACGAGGCCACUGCAGCUCUAGAUUCCGCAAGCGAACAGCGCAUCCAGGCCGCUAUUGAACGCGCUUCUGCGGGUAGAACUGUGAUUUCAAUUGCGCAUCGACUUUCGACUAUCAGAGCUGCUUCUAAGAUCAUUGUCAUGAAAAAGGGCGAUAUUUUGGAGCAAGGUACCCAUGAAGAACUGUUGGAAUUGGAUGGGUCAUAUGCGGAUAUGGUCCGAUUACAGACUGUCAAGGCAGAAGAUGGCCCUUCCAGCUCCAGAGCCAGUCUAGAAUCGCGCGAUGCCGAUACUCUGUCGGACGAAAAACAUACAAUGAAAGCGCAAGAAGCUGAUCCUACGACCAUAAACGACUUGAGCAACCCAGACUUUGCCGAACCACUAAAAGGCGCUAUUGUUGCGGGAUCUAUCAGGAAAACGAUGCUUCCUUUGACCCGGCCAUAUACGCUUCUUGUCCUGUUAGCGUUCUUCGCAGCGUUGAUAGUCGGCGGCCAGUAUUGCGGCUCCGGUCUUCUCUUCGGUAACGUUAUGGGUCUUAUGUCACCCUGUAAUGACCCAGACUACAUUCGCUCCCGAGGCGAACUGCUCUCCGGGCUUUGGUUCAUGUUGGCCUGUAUCGCUUUCUUUGCUAAUUUCACCAGCUGGGCAGCGUUUGGCAUUCUCUCGGAACGACUGAUCUACAAGGUUCGUAACCUGAGUCUGCAGACACUCCUUCACCAACCUCUGCAAUGGCAUGAGUCCGAGGCGAGAAAUCCUUCAAUGUUACUUGAGUACAUCACCAAAGAUGGAAAUUCACUAGUAGGAUUCAGCGGUUCCAUCGUCGGGACUUUGUUUUCUGUUGUUGUCAACUUCGUAGCCGCCAUCGUCCUGUCACACAUUAUCGCAUGGCGGAUUGCAAUCGUAUGCCUCGUGGUAGUGCCACUGCUUCUUGGCGCCGGGUAUAUGCAGUUACGCGCGAUUGGUCGCUUCGCUGUCAAGCACGCUGGGGCAUUUUCGUCGUCCAUUGGUGUUACAAUUGAAGCGGUCUCGAACAUCAAAACAGUACAUGCUCUUUCAAUCGAGAACGAAAUCCUACAGACGUACCGAAGAUCCCUCAAGGCUCCCAGGAAGGAAAUGGUACAACAAAGUUUCAAGACAAAUGUCUGGUUAGCUGUCGCCAAUUCCUGUGGCAGCUUCAUCUACGCCUUUGCCUAUUGGUGGGGAUCAAAGAACAUUAUUGAGGGGAGAUACACCCAGACUCAGUUUUUCGUCAUCCUUAUUGCAAUGCUCGUUUCCGCACAGCUCUGGGGUCAGCUAUUUACACUCGCCCCAGAAAUCGCAAAGGCAAAGAGCGCCAUCUCACGCAUAUGCGGGCUCAUCGAACUAGGAACAGACGCAUCCGGCAUAAGAAAUGGGAAAUUUACAUCUGAUAGCGACUUCCAUGAGAAAGGAGAUGAUGUCGAGGCGCUGGCUGAAUCAACGUCGCCAACAUCAGCACAAGGCGGCGCUAGGGUUGUAUUCCAAGAUGUUGGUUUUUCCUACCCGGCUCGUCCUGGCAUUCCAGUUCUCACAUCACUGUCUCUCUCAAUACAACCAGGCCAGUUUUGCGCUCUGGUUGGGCCUUCUGGUGCAGGAAAAAGCACUGUACUAGCACUCUUGGAACGAUUCUAUCUGCCAUCAACGGGCAGCAUCUUCAUCAAUGGUGUUGACAUAUCGCGUCAUCAUGGGGCCUCAUUCCGGGACGACAUUGCCUACGUGCCACAAGAGAAUAUACUUUUCCAAGGGAGCAUCAAGUUCAAUAUCUCAUUGGGAGCGAGACCUGGUCAUGUGCCGUCAGAUGAAGAAAUACAUGAAGCCUGCAAGUUGGCAAACAUACAUGAAACCAUCAUGGAGCUCCCACAGGGAUACGACACCGAGUGCGGAUCUAGUGGCAACCAACUCUCUGGUGGGCAGCGUCAGCGCCUUUCCAUUGCGCGAGCUCUAGUACGGAAGCCUAAACUACUUCUCCUAGAUGAGAGUACAAGUGCGCUGGAUGCGGAAAGUGAAAAGGCCCUUGAGCUUGGUCUUGAGCGCGCCGUGAAGGGUCACGGAGUCACGGUGAUUGCAAUCGCACACCGAUUGCGGACGAUUGCAAGGGCUGAUGUUAUAUUCUUGGUUGAAGCUGGGAAGGUGGUAGACCAAGGACGGCACGAGGAGCUUGUACAGCGGAGCGAAAGCUACCGUGUCAAUGCCCUUCACCAAAUGUUGGGAUAA